AUGUCUGACAAGCCGCAAGCACCCCUCCCCUUCGUUUACCAGUUCGCCGCCGGUGCGGUGGCUGGUGUCUCUGAGAUCUUGAUUAUGUACCCGUUGGACGUUGUCAAGACUCGAGUUCAACUCCAGAGCGGUGUCCCCACUGCCGGUGCAGACCACUACAAUGGCAUGUUCGACUGCUUCCGCAAGAUCAUCAAGCAUGAGGGUUUCAAGACCCUGUACCGUGGUAUCUCCGCGCCCAUUCUGAUGGAGGCUCCCAAGCGUGCGACCAAGUUUGCGGCCAAUGACAGCUGGGGUGCUUUCUACCGCGACCUGUUCAAGGUCGAUAAGCAGACCCAGAGUCUGGCUGUUCUGACCGGUGCCACCGCUGGUGCCACCGAGUCUUUCGUCGUCGUUCCCUUCGAGCUGGUUAAGAUUCGUCUGCAGGACAAGGCUUCCGCCGGCAAGUAUAGCGGUAUGCUAGAUGUCGUGAAGAAGAUCGUCAAGACCGAGGGUCCUCUCGCCAUGUACAACGGUCUCGAGUCCACCCUGUGGCGCCACAUCCUCUGGAACGCCGGUUACUUCGGCUGUAUCUUCCAGGUCCGUGCCCAGCUGCCCACCCCCGAGCCCGGCAACAAGAGCCAGCAGACCCGUAACGACCUGAUGGCCGGUACCGUCGGUGGUAUCGCUGGUACCCUCCUUAACACCCCCAUGGACGUCGUCAAGUCCCGCAUUCAGAACACCACCAAGGUUCCCGGCCAGACUCCCAAGUACAACUGGGCCUGGCCUGCUCUCGGCACGGUCAUGAAGGAGGAGGGCUUCAGUGCCCUGUACAAGGGUUUCACUCCUAAGGUGCUGCGUCUCGGACCUGGUGGUGGUAUCUUGCUUGUCGUCUUCACCAGCGUGAUGGAUUUCUUCCGCAAGAUCCGCGAGGAGUAA